CACAUUCACCUUUGUUUCCAAUGGAAUGUCAACUGAAUGGUGGUACAAAGAAUGGUACCAUCUCUUCCACUCCUUUUGAACUCGGUUCAGUUGAUCAAGUACCUGUCUCCGAAGGCAUUCUCAUCUCCCAGUAACUUGCCUUGUCCUACUUGGAAUGUUUUCCUUCUUGGCUCGUAUCAUAACAAAUAUUCGCUUCUCAAAUGUGCGGUCGUUUGAUUUUGAUGUUUAUGGACACUAGUUGGAGCUGAAGUGCAGGAAGGAGCAUUUAAAAUUCGCCUUUCCUUCAAAACAACGAUGAGGCAGAGCCUUUAUGACAACCCUCUCUUCUCAGUCAUCUACGACUACCCAUCUCACCAAGGAAUAGUACUAGACGGCCUAAACACCCUAAGAAAACGGGAAGAACUGAUAGACGUCACGUUGAUCGUCCAAGGACAAGCCUUCAAGGCCCACAAGGUGGUCCUGUCAGCAUGCAGCGAUUACUUCCGAGCAAUGUUCACGGACAACAUGAUAGAAGCACACAGGAAAGAGAUCCGUUUGAACGGCAUGAACGCCAAAGGGUUCCUGCUGGUACUCGAAUACGCCUACACCUGCAGAAUCACUCUCAACUUGUCCAAUGUACAGGACGUUCUGGAGGCUGCUUCGCACGUCCAGAUGCUGGCCUUGAUCCAAACCUGUUCCAACUAUUUGGAAGCCGAAAUCGACAUCGACAACUGCGUGGAUAUUGCAACGAUAUCAGAAACUUAUUCGCUGACUGCGCUGAAGAUGGAGGUCUACAGGUUCAUGAACGAGAACCUGUCGAGUUUUUCGAAAACGGGGGAGUUUUACAGAUUGAGCUCGUGUCAGUUGGAAACGCUGCUCGCCUAUGAUUUACCUGUGGACUGUUCGGAAUACGAAGUACUGAAGGUUGUGGUCAAUUGGUUCUUCUACAACACAAAUACCAGGUCAAAACUUGACAUAUCUCAGGCAGCCCAGAUUUUCCGCCAUGUGCACUUCAGCGACAUACCACGCAAGAGGUUACACACAAUCCUACAAGAAAUCAACGAGAAUAACAACUGCGUCUGGGAACUGUACAGGAUAGUAGUUUCGGAAAUAUACAACCAGUUGAGCACCAAGGACAGCAAGAUCCUCACAAACCUCCUGAAUCCUCGAGGCCUGGAACUGGCUGUGGUGAAAAUAGGCGGCUUUGGAGUAGGAGGAAUAACCAACGAAAUAACCUACAAGUUUUCCUCCAGGUCCAAAUGGAAACACCUCACCAAGAUACCCCACGUGGAGCAGUGUAAUUUUGGAACUGCGGUGUUGAACAACGACUUGUUCGUCAUUGGUGGAUGUUUCAAUCAGUUCAUGCAGGAAAACGUUCAUCCGUUUGGGUUCAAGUACAACACUUUGCAUAACAAGUGGACUACCUUGAGCCCCAUGAAGGUGGAGAGAUGCAGGUUUUCCUUGAAUGUCGUGGAGGGUAAGAUGUAUGCUGUUGGUGGUGUUACAGAAGUGGAGGAAUUUGGCAGCAACGUUACUUGUACCUGUGAGUGCUAUGAUCCAGCAUCUGACGAAUGGACAAUGAUCGAACCUCUUCCCAUCUACCUCACACAACACGGUGGUGCUACCUAUGAACAAACCACAACCUCAAAACUGUUCAUUUGCGGUGGCAUUGAAAGAGAUUCUACCCACUGCCAAAACUCUAUGUAUUGUUACGACCUCCAAGCAGACAAGUGGACACCCUGUGCACCAAUGUUAACACCUCGGGCCGAUCAUGUUGUUCUGUCCAUCGACAAUUUUUUAUACGUUUGUGGCGGUUGGCAAGAAGAUAUAGAAACAGGGGCUCGUACUCUGGUGGAUACAAUCGAUGUAUACGAUGUUGAAAAAGACUGUUGGUCGGUGAAAACGAGGGUGCCUACGCCUAGGUUUCAUGCUGGAAUAGUGAGCAUCUUCAGGAAAAUUUAUUUCAUUGGGGGGUUUCACUGUGACGCCAUGUUCGAUAAAAAUACUGCUGCCAUAGAGUGUUACGAUAUUGAAAAUGACUUUUGGUCGACUGAGAACAAGUAUCCUGAGGACAUCUGGGAACAUACUUGUGCUCUGUUGUAUAUUCCCAAAUGUAGGAAUGGGAUGGAUGUUAUUUCUCAAUCGACGGAUAUUUCAUGACAUGGAGGAUCGCCAGUUGGACAACAAAUGAUAAAUACUUUGGAAACAAAGGGACAAUUCGAAAUUAUAAUAUAUAAUGGCAGCUGUGAUUGUUUUAGAUUUAUUUUAAGUUUUAGCAAUGACACAUUUACCUGUCGAACUUCCCAAAAAGUGCUCUUGAGCAGAAGUGUGGAUGAAGAGAUUUUGAAUUCUGUUUCGUAUUUUUAAUUUCUGCAGGAAUGCAAAAGUUUUCAAGUUUUUUGGAUAUUAUAUGUAAAUGAUGAGGAGUUUUUCUGAUAAGAAAUCAGAUUGGUUGUGUGAAAUAAAAUGUGGAAACUGCAAUAGUUUGCAUUAUGUAAAAUAACAUUUGCCAAUAAAUGAACUUUUUAUACAAUC